AUUUUCGGUGUAGCUGUAAAACCCAAACCUCCAAAGCCUUCCCACUUUUCCCACUGCAAUCUCACUUUCCUCACCUGGGUGUCUCCGCCUUCUUCCGCCAUGCAAGCUCUCCACUCCCCCUCUCUACGAGCAUCCCCUCUCUACCCACUUCAAAAACCCAUCAAGAUACCCCACCCAAAUUCCCAUUUCGCUAAUGCAUCCAGACGCGCUAAGAAAUUCUCCAUCUCCGCCUCAUCUGCUACCGUGUCUGCUCCGAACCGGGAGACGGACCCCAAGAAGCGGGUGGUCAUCACGGGAAUGGGUUUGGUUUCAGUUUUUGGAAAUGAUGUCGAUGUUUACUACGAGAAAUUGCUCGCGGGGGAAAGCGGGAUCGGGCCUAUCGAUCGGUUUGAUGCGUCCAAGUUCCCGACGCGGUUUGGGGGUCAGAUCCGGGGGUUUUCAUCUCAAGGAUACAUUGAUGGGAAGAACGAUAGGAGGCUCGAUGAUUGCUUGAGGUACUGUAUUGUUGGAGGGAAGAAGGCGCUCGAGGAUGCUGACCUUGGGGGUGAUAAGCUUUCCAAGAUUGAUAAGGAGCGAGCUGGAGUGCUUGUUGGAACUGGAAUGGGUGGUCUUACAGUAUUUUCUGACGGUGUUCAAAAUCUAAUAGAGAAGGGUCACAGGAAAAUAACGCCGUUCUUCAUUCCUUAUGCAAUAACAAACAUGGGAUCUGCUUUGCUUGCAAUUGAGCUUGGUUUCAUGGGUCCAAAUUAUUCAAUUUCAACUGCUUGUGCUACGUCCAAUUAUUGCUUCUAUGCUGCUGCCAAUCACAUCCGUCGAGGUGAAGCUGACUUGAUGCUUGCUGGUGGCACUGAAGCUGCAAUUAUUCCAAUUGGGUUGGGGGGUUUUGUUGCUUGUAGAGCUUUAUCUCAAAGAAAUGAUGACCCAAAAACUGCUUCUAGGCCAUGGGACAAAGACCGAGAUGGCUUUGUCAUGGGUGAAGGUUCUGGAGUAUUGAUUAUGGAGAGCUUGGAACAUGCAAUGAAAAGAGGUGCACCAAUUAUUGCUGAGUACUUGGGUGGGGCUGUUAAUUGUGAUGCUUAUCAUAUGACUGAUCCCAGAGCUGAUGGACUUGGGGUGUCUUCAUGCAUUGAGAGAAGCCUUGAAGAUGCUGGUGUCUCCCCUGAGGAGGUUAAUUAUAUAAACGCCCAUGCUACUUCUACUCUUGCUGGUGACCUGGCUGAGAUAAAUGCGAUCAAGAAAGUAUUCAAGAAUACUAAAGAUAUCAAAAUAAAUGCAACCAAGUCUAUGAUAGGGCACUGCCUUGGGGCAGCAGGAGGUUUGGAAGCCAUCGCCACUGUGAAGGCCAUAACCACAGGAUGGCUUCAUCCUACCAUAAAUCAAUUUAACCCUGAACCUUCGGUUGAGUUUAACACCGUUGCCAACAAAAAGCAGCAGCAUGAAGUGAAUGUUGCUAUUUCAAAUUCCUUUGGAUUUGGUGGACAUAACUCAGUUGUCGCAUUUGCUCCCUUCAAGGCCUGAUAAUUCUUACCAUUCAGUUUUGUAUGCGUGGGUCAUGAGAUAUAAAUCUUACAGAUCUGCCAUUAACAGGGACAUCAUCGAGAACCUUUUUCCUCUUCUUGAGCCAGCUCAUAUUUACACUUCUACUUGUAGGCAAUUGUAGUUAUUACUGCUAAAAAUUACGAGCUGAAUGUUGUCCUUCCCUUAACCGGUUCAAUUAUCUGGUUCAUGAUUAUUGAAGUGUGGAGAUCAACAUCUUUUGAAAUUUUCCUUAGUUACCACCAAUCACCAUACAGCUGAACUUUCUUCUAACAAAAUAAUACUUCACUC